CCCUCCAUCUCUCCCUCUUGCUUUUCCCUUCUAUGCACAUCCCUCAUUCCAUGUUUAUCCAGUCUGUCCUCCUUCUUUAUCAUCUUCAUCUUCAUCUCUUUUUCACCUUCUUCAUCUCUGCAGACAUUAACGAAUGCUCGUCCAAUCCUUGUAACAAUGGAGGAAGUUGUCAUGAUCAAGUCAGUAGAUAUGUGUGUGAUUGUCUUGCGGGAUAUACCGGUGAACACUGCGACACAGACCUGGACGAAUGCUUAUCUAAUCCAUGUCUGAACGGGAGCUUCAUGUCGUGACUUGCUUAACCAACAUGUGUGUAUCUGCAGACCAGGGUUCACGGGUUCACUUUGUCAGACAGAUGUGGAUGAAUGUUCAGCUAAUCCAUGUCUGAACAGUGCUACUUGUCAGAACCUACUCAACCAGUUCGUGUGUGUCUGUAGACCCGGUUUCACUGGUACACUAUGUCAGACAGUUAGUACACUCUGAGCAUGUAAUGAGAUGUGGACGUCUUCUUCAAUACUAAUGCUUUUAAAAUCUCAUUCACUGAAGAUUCCUGCACCAGUAUUUGUGUCUGUGUUUGU